AUGGUUCGCAGCCUCAAGAGUGCGAAGAAGAUGAGGAAGAAGAACCGGGUAUUCUCAUCUCUCUCCCUUCAUCUAUAAUUACUCGCCUUCUUUAUUUGUUGACAUUAAAGAUCGUCAUGCCUUCAGAGUUCCAGCAAGAAGGGGGACUCCUCAUCGUCUGUGCCACCUGUUUCUGCAAAGGUAAGAGCCAUAAGAAGAACCGCACAGAGUACAAAGAUAUUAUUUAAAGAUCUUCCAUUUGUGCCGGUUUACAAGUUAUUGACCUCCUGAUCUCAUCUUACUAUCAGCACGAGCUUUUGAAUUGAGGAGUGUCAAUUAUUGCGGAGCACAGAAUAUUUCUCUCGAUGAUGUAUUGGGUUUCUUUGGGAUGCUGUAUCGUUUUCACUCCAAGUUGAUUCCCCCCUCCCCCCCUUUUCAGGUAUGGCAGCCGGGUGUGGACAAGCUGGAGGAGGGGGAGGAGCUCCAGUGUGAUCCUUCUGCCUACAACUACCUCCGAGCCUUUGACAUUGGUUGGCCAUGCCUGAGGUUGGUGCCUAGGAUAAAUUUUCUUUUCCUGGUUUCUUCUGUUUUCAUCUGUUCCACAUUGGCCCUCACAUUUAUGAUCUUAUUGUGUGAUAGCUUCGAUAUCGUGCGUGAUUCGCUGGGGUUAAUCCGGACGGAAUUUCCGCAUACUGUUUAUGGUGUUGCCGGAACUCAGGUAUAAUUAUCAUUCCCACGGGAUUUUGUGCUGUUUUGAAAAUUUCAUAGCCUUUCCAUGCGUCUGACUUCUCUUGAGUGAUGCUUUGCUUCAUCUGUUGAUAAACAGCCUGGGAAUGUUUUAUGUUUAUCUAGAGUUGACCAUUUAAGUUGAUCAAAGGAGUCUCAAGUGUAUUAUUUUCUGAUUCUUUCUCAGUAGACUCAAUUAUUUCCUUCAGUCAUUUUUCAUGGCAUUCUUAUUUCUUUCAGGCUGAGAAACCAUCGUGGAAUUAUAUUGGAUUAUUUAAACUAUCGAACAUUUUUGGAAAAAAGCGCGACUUGGUGCCAAAGCCAUCCAUUGAUGAUGAUGCUGAUAUGGAAAGUGAGAGUAGCAGUGAUGAAGACGAUGACGAUGACAACAACGAUAAAGCUUCGCAGCCUAUAUUACAGGUGAGAGCUUUUUUUCGAACAUAUUUUUAUGAGUGGACGUUCUUAGAUGAAACCUAGCUUUCUUUGAGGAGGCGCAAAUUUUGCUCAUUUAUUUUUGGGAUUUCCCCAAUAUUUUUCUUGUCAAUAGCUGCAAAAGGUUGCCCAUCAGGGUUGUGUCAACCGGAUUCGCUCAAUGUCUCAAAAGCCUCACAUAUGUGCAUCUUGGGCAGAGGAAGGCUAUGUUCAGGUUAGUUGGCUUUGUCUAGAUAAUUUCAUACACCUGUAUUUACGCAUACAAAAGAAGGCUAUGACAUCUUAUUCCAUGGUUUAUUGAACAUUUUAAACAGUAAGUCUGAGUUAAAAAUUUAGUCCUAGCGCAUGGAUGAUAAAUAUUCUUCGUAUGAAAUGGGGUUCCUUCGGAUUGGGGUCCACGGCUUGUAGAAUUUCAGCUGCUUUGUUAUUUGUUUCUUCUUCUACAGAAUAUGUAGAUUUGCUGCUCAUCAUAGGCUCUGUAUAAAACGCAGGUCUGGGACUUGAGCUCUGCUUUAAAUAUCUUAGCUGAAUCUGAAUCAGAAACGAACAAGGGGCCCAGUGCAAUUCAGAAUCUCUCUCCAAUAACUAAAUUCAAAGGGCACAAAACGGAAGGUUUUGCUAUAGACUGGAGUCCUGUCGUUCCUGGAAGACUUGUCUCUGGUAUUUUCUGGUCGUUAUGCUCAUUUUCUAUCUUCUGAAGCUUUGCACGUUUUAUUACCAAAACUGAAGUAACCAUUUCUCUCAUGCCCAAAGAGUAUUUACAAUUUGUUGUACAGCAGACACCUCUAAAUUCUUCUCCAGACAUUAUUUCAAUGCUUUUACCUCAUUUUUUGCAUCGGUUUGAAUUCAUCCUACCCACUUUUCUUUUGUUUUAUGGCCUCUUUGUGGUUUUUCUUUUUUUUUGUUGGAAUUCGAAUGUCUUCACACUUAAUAUGUUGUUCUUUAAAGGUGAUUGCAACAAUUGUAUUCAUCUUUGGGAGCCUUCAUCUGGAACAUGGAAUGUGGAUAUAAAGCCAUUUGUUGGACAUACAGCCAGUGUCGAAGAUCUACAGGUGCGUUUCCUUUCUGGUUCAACUCCAUGAAUCUUGUUCUUUACCCUAGUAUUAUUUUCUUCAUCGAUAUUUCUUGAUGUUAACUUCAUAAUUUUCGAACAUUGACAUCAUCCAUCUCUAUUUGCCCUUGUAGUGGAGCCCGACAGAGUCGGACGUUUUUGCUUCCUGUUCAGUUGAUAAAAAGGUUGCAAUCUGGGACACGCGUAUUGGGAAAUCACCAGCUAUUUCUGUAGAAGCACAUGCGUCGGACAUUAAUGUCAUCUCAUGGAAUAGGUGAACUUUAUCUCACUUCUCAUAUUUUUGGCCUUCUUGAAAUACAAUCGCAUGGCUUUGUGGAACUUACAUCUAGUAUCUUUUUCGAAUAAUAGGCUUGCUAGUUGUAUGUUAGCUUCUGGAAGUGACGAUGGAGCGUUUUCUGUUCGUGAUCUCAGAUUGAUCAAGGUACCUUCUGUUACUUUGGAUACUGCCCUCAACCUUAUUAGAUUUCUUGCUUCAAAGGGCUUUAGUUAGUGUAGUUAUUGAUUAUUCCAAAAGGGAAAAGUAAGAUUCCAGGCCUAUAUUUUUAAAACCUGUCCGACUCAUGUAUACAUACCCUGUCAUUAUGAAAGCAGAAAUUAUUUAUUUAUGGAAAUUAUGAAAGAAAAUAAUCAGUUUGAUUUCGUUCAGGCUGCCGAUACUCAUCAUUUUCUUUACAUUAUCAUCAGCCUACCGUUGUCCUUGCGAUUUUAAAGUUAAUAUUUUUAAACUUUUUGCAACCAUGCGUAUAGUUUUAUGGUGAAAAUUUGGUACUUAACCCCGUAGUAUUGAAGGCCGUGGCGAUCUCGAGCGCCAAAAGGUGUUCAGGCUGCCUUGGCAAGCCAACGGUCAACAUUCUCCUGUAUUGGGGUUUGAGUGAAUGUCUGAAUACAUUUGUGAGCCGACCCUUUAAGCAUCCAAGAAGGUGAAGUUGCGUUCAUGCAAAUGGUGUAGGUUGCUUCUACCAUUUUUUGCCAUGUUCAGCCAGACGUGAUCAUAUUCAUAAUAACAUCCAUGAAAUACUUCUAAAUAAUAAAUUAAAUAGAAAUAUUUCUAGAUUAUGAAAUUAUUCAUAUAUUUUUCAUAUAUAUAUAUAUAUAUGCAUAUGAAAAAGCUAGUCAUCGAACUGAUCCAGGAAAAGAAAUCAGAUGACGCUGGCUAGCAGUUUGUGAAUGGUUAGGUUUGGUAGUCCCCAAAGUCGAUUACCGGCUGUAGUGACUGUCUGUCAACCUAUUUUCUUCCCAUAUCUUCUCCAGAAAACUGGUGAUUAGGUUUUUCCCAAUUAACAUGUAUUGAACUCGGCACUUGAUGGUGCUGCUAGUAUCAGUCUGUUUGUACCAUUUGAGUGAAUGGUUUGUAGAGGACGUGUGUAAAUAUUUUGACAGAAUAAUUAACACCACACGCCUCCUUCGGUUGCAACCUUAUCAUCUCAAAGGGUAGAUAGUAAAAUUAAGCUGGCAAAGAUGAUUGUGGUUUUCAAAUUCUGCAAUGUUCAUGUUACCAGUGGUGUCAGUGGGAUGUCCUAAGCUCUUAUGAAUGAGAUAACCAGAUGGGUGGGACUUAUCCCAAUUUGCUUGUGCAUUUUUGUGAUUGAUGUGCAGGGAGACGCCGUUGUUGCUCACUUUGAGUAUCACAAACAUCCCAUCACGUCAAUUGAAUGGAGUCCACAUGAAUCAUCAACCCUGGCAGUCACUUCAUCGGACAAUCAAUUGACGUGAGAUUUUUUACAAGUCCAUGUUUGCACAGGGCUGGCUUGAAUUGAGCAUGAUAUGUGUGACCCUGUCUUAUAAAGAAAACUGUUCGUUCUAAAAUUGCCAGGAUAUGGGACCUAUCACUAGAAAGGGACGAGGAGGAUGAGGCUGAGUUCAAAGCUAACAUGAAGGACCAAGUGAACGCCCCAGAAAACCUGCCACCUCAGCUGCUUUUUGUUCAUCAGGUUUCCUCUCAGCCACAAGUCCCCUCCCUUUUCGGUAUCUGAUUCACGAAUAACCCACCCCUUUUCAGGGUCGAACUUCCAUUUUUCAUCUCAUUCGGGGUUCAAAUCCUUGUCAAUUUACUUAGUUUUUCAGUGUCAUCCCAAUCAUAAAGUGGUUUUCAUCGAGAGGGCUGAGGAAACUAUAAUCUAUAAUGUUUGUACGUCUGUUUUGCUGAGUGCACGGUGUGCAUCCAUGGCUAAUCCAGUCUCCUGUAAAUAAAAUAAUAAUAUAUAUAUAUAUAUAAAAUCAACAGGGUCAGAAGGAUUUGAAGGAAUUGCACUGGCACCAGCAGAUCCCGGGUAUGCUCGUCUCCACUGCGGCAGAUGGUUUCAACGUUCUGAUGCCCACAAAUCUCGACAGCACCCUCCCUUCAAGUGGUGGUCUCUGA